UGUGUAUUUGCAUUUCUUCUGCAUUUUCUGGUUCAUAUAUCAGAACCUCAGUUUCCGCUAGGCGGGAGGUUGUUUCUUACUGCGCCGGACCGCGGGAAAGUGUCGUAAUUUCCGGUUAGGUAGGGGCUGUACUAGGGUUGGCGCGGCUGGAGUACAACACAGGAUACGGCAAAACAGCACUGGGAACAUAAUUCAACACUUUCCUUCUUCGGACCCCAGGUGCACUUGCAUGGAGAAUUUGUAAGCAGUUAACAACAUGGAAUCCGGUUAUCUUGAUGACUUGUAUGGUGACUUUGGCCAAGGUAGUUCUGAUUCGCCUGUGGCCUGUGACGAGAGCUCCUUGGAUAUUUAUUCUGGGCUGGACCAUGAAAACAGUCCCAGAUGCAGCUCGAAUGCAGAAAAAUGUGCCAACCCCUUUUCACCUCUGAGGACUAAAGAUUCUUUUGAUUUAUAUGAAGAAGUCCUUGCCGAAGAAAGGAAGGAGAGGGAAACCUCACACAGUGAGUUGGUGGCGAAGUUGGAGAAAACUCAGACCCAUGUUAAAGAAUUACUUUGCAAACUACAGGAAAUGCAGAAUCAGAACAUUGGUCUGAAUAAUGAAAAUAUGCUCCUAAAAAAGAACAUAUCUGCACUUAUCAAAACAGCCCGGAUGGAAAUUGUACGCAAGGAUGAAGAAAUCAGCAGACUUCAACAGAGGAGUGGGAGGGGUGGAUUUAAUCAGUAUUGUCCUCGGUCUUCGCCUAACUUUCAGAGGUAUGUGAACACCAGGCAAGGGAACACAGAUGGCCCAAGUGGAGGGGGAGGUUCCUCUACUGACGCAUCACGGGGGACCAGGAAUACAUGUAUUCAGAGUGCUGGAGCAAAUAACACCAGCCAGCUGCCAGAGAAAGCAGCUACUGGAACUGUACAAGAAGACUCUUCAGCUCACGUGCCAAUCCGUCAGAACAGUAUAUCAUCAAGUCAUGAUGUAUUGGGAUCUGAUAAACCAGUCCCAUGUUCUAGUGACAAUUAUGUUAAUGAUUCUAGAGACAUGGAACACUUGCGCAGAGAGGCAGCUGGGAAAGUCCACAAACAAGCUACCAAGUCCUGUAUGGAAACUACAGCAAAGCAACUGACUGUUACAGAAAAAUGGACCACGGAGGCCCAGGAGAGCAGAGAAAGAAAGCUCAGAUACCAGGAGGAACGAAAUCACAACGUUAGGAUUGGCAUCAGUGGUAAAAAAGAGGAAAGGUCAAGAGAGAGGGAGAUGGCAGGAAGAGAGUUUAAAGAGUCUGAAAAAGAUAGGGAAAAGCAAAGCCGACGGAGAAGUGCGCACACUGAGAGAGAGCAGCAGAGGAGAUCUGGGAAGGGAAAGAGUCCUCCACGCUCAAAGAACCAAAGUCCUCGGUUGGAGAGUUCAAGACAUCUAUCUAGCGAAUUCAACAGUUCAAAAAAUCGUCAGAAAGAUACUGAACUGGUAAGCAGGAGCAGUCGGCAGGAUCCGAAACACCGUCAAGACCAGGAAAGGUCAGAGAAGAGAGCCCCAGAGUCCAGCAUAAAAGAAGGAAAGCACAACAGCAGUUCCUUUAGAAGCCAACAUGGGGACAAAGCUGUGACCUCUUCAAGUAGAAAAGAGAAGAGCCCCACCAGAGACAGACACAGAAAAGAAGAGCGGAGGAGAGAAGAGGAGAAAAGAAACAAGGGAGACAAAAGUAAGACCGAGAGAAGGAAAGACGAGGGUAAAAGGAAAGAAGAAGAAAAGAAAGGGGACAGCAAAAUAGAUGAAAAAAGGAGGCAUGAGGAAACAAAGCUUAAUUCCAGUGUCUGCAGAAAAGACUCUGAACCCAAAAAGAAGUCUGCAAAUCAAGACACAAGUGCAGAGUCUGUAAAUGGGGUUCAGAUCCAGGGUAGCACAGUGCAAAAACUUGCAGUCAAUGAUGGUCAAUCGGGCCAAGAAAACAGCACAGAAGAAAAUGGCAGGAAUAGGAAACUCUGUUUCAUGGAAACGCUUAAUCUCACGCUUUCACCUGUGAAAAAACCAAAGAUGUCCACCGGGGAAGGGGAGCUCGAAAAGAGGCUUUCUGGAGAGGGAGAGUUGGCGGGUGAUUGUGGGGAAGCACGACAGUCAGAUUUUUUUGGUGAUGGAUACGUUGUGCUAGAUGAGGCUGAAACAAGCAGUGAAUCAUCAGAACAGGAUAGAGAGGUUUCAGAGGUUCUCAAUACUCAUUCUCAAAAGACACAUUCAGACUGUGUUGCAGAAAUUGAUUUGGAGAGUCUCCCAGCCGCUAAUGAUGCAGAUAGUGAAAAGAUCCCUUUCCCUCUUAAUAUGAUGGAGCAAGAUGUUGUAUCUUUAAAAGAAACUAUACAAGUAGAUGCUGCUGUUGUGGAUGCACCUGUCCAACCUUUGGCAGCAGACUGUGAUGCUAUAAAAGCUGAACUCCUAACCAAAGAACCAGAAGUGUGUGCCACAACUGCCAAGACAACGACCUGUGAUGAUACUGUGCAAGCUCUUGAUGCUGUUGUAGGUGCUGAGGCCCACAAUGAUACUGAUGUCCACCAUGUUGCCAUAGUUAGUGAGGCCCAGAAAUUGAUUGGAAAUGACAAGACCCUUGACAAGUCAAAUACUCAAUUUCCCAUUGUGACCUUAGAGGCUGAAGCCUGUAAAAUGACUACAGAUAAUGAAGAUCACAUAGUUUUAGACAUUACCGUGGGCAACGUUGCUCACGACUUUACUGUAGAUACACACACUGACAUUACUGCUGACACUGAGGUGCAUGAUAUUAAUGUUCAGACAAAACACAAGAGCUGUACAGCAGAAGCAGAGGCCCGGGCUGUUACCAUAGGUGAUGUGGCCAAUACUGUUAUAAACACAGCAUCCCAAGAUGUUACCAUGGACACAGAGUCAAAUAAUAGUUCUACAGAUUUAGUAUCCAGUACUGACACCAUAGAAACAGAACCGCUAAGUUCUGACAAAACUGUGAUGCAUGAAAACAAUUUAGCAAUAACUCAAAAUUCAGAUUACGAGGAAGACUUCACAGCUGAAAAUCCAGACAUGGAUACGAGUUCACGGUGCAAUCGGACGAAAAACAGUUUGAUAAAAGAAAGCAGCAAAGCUAGGAGUGGAUUGCUGUUGGCACAGCAGGAAGAAAGUAGCAUUUCAUCAACGUUGCAGGAAUCGAGUGGAGAUCUAGCCUUCGCUGAUACGACCAGCUGUCAUUUGCAGCCGGAUUCCAGUGAAUGUGACACACUGGAUGCUGGGCCGUCUCAUUCAGAGCCUCUGCCUAAGGGCCCUGCAGAAGUGCUGCUUCAUGAUGAGGAUUCUAUGCUGGUUGCCCUGAAAACCAUCCGUCGCAUUCCUGAGAUUAUCAGUCCCCUAACAAGCCCCGCUCGACCCCUGAAGAGAAGUCCAAGGCACGAGUGCCCAGGCAAGCCACCAUAUGUAAGGAGCUUAGACAAGGAAUUAUCUGGCAUUCUUAAAAGCUUCACUCCAGAAACAAAAAUUAUGGAAGUGAACAAGGAGAAUCAGGAGCCAGAAUGUAGCUCUCUGGAAGAGACAAAGGAAAAUGGAAGCUCCUCGUCAUCAUCUGUGAAGGAUGAAUUAGAAGAAGGAGAAAUUGUGAGUGACAACGAGGAAGAAGAGAAGCAGGUGGUGAUCCCCUGUACUCGCCAGAUAAAAGAGAGUCCUGGGCUUGUGAAGAAGCCAAGCAGUCCUAAGGCUAGAACCCCAGCUAAGCAGGUCAAACCAGCAGCUUCGCAAGGCAACAUUGCAAAGAAAAGCAAAACCAACUCAACAGCAAUAAAAAACUCUCAGUCCCCCUCAAACAAAUCCCCUUCAAAUAAGAGACGCUUUCAAACUGUUAUGACAUCUUUGUCAAGCUCAGAUCCUUCCUCUAUACACGAGGUUAUGGACAUGCUAAAGUUUAUACGCAAGCAAAUAAGGAAAAAGUACAUGAAGCUGCACAAAAGCUUUCCGGCGAAAACAUUCUACAACGUCAUUCAAAUGUCCCUUUUGGAGUUCACAGAGUUUGUUAAGAAUCUAAACUGCUCCAAACUGUCCAACUCGGAACAGAACUUGAAGUCCCAACUCUGCAAGAUCAUUACAGCGAUGCUGAAGCAGAUUUCCAACAACGGUAUUGUCAAUCGCAUCUUUGAGCAGAAGGCUCCCAAUCUCAAAAGCAAGCUCUGGAUCUUUGUGGAGCAGCAAUUUGACUUCUUGUUCAGAGAACUGCAGGCUGCUCUGAUUAAUCUGUGCGAAUGUGCUGAUCUGGGGCAACCUUCAGAUGAGAAGGGAAAGAAGGAUAAAGACCAUAUGAAGAAAGAAACUAAGGAGGACAAGAAGACGCCGAUCAAAUCGCCAAAGACCCCGGUCAACAAAGCGAAGAGGAAGGCCUUAGAGACUGAACCAAAGUCUGAUUCGAAAAAGCAGAAAAAGUUAUUUAAGUCCCCAAACUUUAAAUCCUCAAGUACUGGCUUAGGAAGUAGGGGCAAAAACCUAAAUAACUACAAGGAGGAUAAAGCAAAACAUGAUAUAGAGUCAUCGAAUAAGGUUUUCAAACAAAACCCUGGCUUGUGUACUGUUAAUACACGAAACACAGUGGAAUUGCCUAAAAAAGAUGUUGCUCCCACAAUAAACCCAGCCACUUUUACCCCAAGGAAACCUUUAAAUGUCCCUGACAAAUCAGAUUUCAGUUUUGAAAUCUUAACAGAGCAGCAGGCAUCCAGCCUGACUUUCAACCUGGUCACAGACUCUCAGAUGGGGGAGAUCUUUAAGUGUUUGCUGCAGGGGUCUGACCUGCUGGAGCAGAGUACUUCUGGGGUGGAGAGCCACAGCUGGCUGGUUGGGACUCCUCGGAAGGCAGCUCCUGGUGAAGAGAAGUUGUUCAUGUUGCCCACCCCGAGCAAAGCUUUAACACCGAUGAAAGUCUCAGCCGCUACCCCUUGGUCUGUUAUCAGUCCUGAGAAAUUCCCUGCUUUUGGUGGAAGAAUUGGGCUACCACUGAACCCAGCUGUGUUAGAUGAGAGCUGUAUGUUGGAAGUCCCUUGUGCUAAUUCGGUGGAUACAGAAGCCACAUGUUCCUCCCUUCCACAGUGGUCAAUCUCUCAUUCUAUGUUGACAGAAGACCUGGCGGUUUCCCUCACCAUCCCUUCCCCACUAAAAUCAGACAGUCACCUGAGCUUUUUGCAGCCACAACACGAGGAGGUCACGGCUGUUCCGGAUAGCGUCCUCAGUGCCCAUUAUAGUGAAGAUGCCUUUUGUGAUGGGGAGGAUGCCACUGAGCAGGACAUCCACUUGGUGUUGGAUUCAGACAACUCCAGCAGCAGCUCCGAUAGCAGCACCACCUGGCCCAGCCAGGCCAUUCCACCUGGCUUCCAGUUCAAACCCCAUCUGCCAAUGCAGGCCGUGGUUAUGGAACGAUCCAACGACCACUUUAUUGUUAAAAUCAGACACACGUCUACCAGUGUCCCCUCAGAAACUGAGCAGAAGUCUCUGAGCAGUGAGAGUAAGUUACUUGAACCCUUGGAAGAUAAGGAAAUGCAACCGUGCACAACAAAUGCAAAUGCAGCUGUGGCAAUUUGCAAUGGGACUCCUGGCAAAACGGUCAUAAACGCUUUAUGUGACAACACAGAUUUGCAUUUAGGUAAGGAGAGUUCUUCAAAGGUAUUAAAUUCAAUGAAUAGUCCUGCUUCUAAUCAGUAUACCAGAACAUUAUCAGGAACUGAGGAGGACGAUUCUUCUGAUCAGGGGGCUUCUCAGAACUGCUCGCUGCCGAUUGGGCGAUCCCAAGACCACAGUGAGUCUGAGCAGUGCGGUGCGGAGUGCUCUGGCAGCAACAAGCGGAAGAGGUGCCAUUCUGAGCCCGCUGCAAAGAAACCAAAAAGAGACCCGACCCCCGUCUGCAAAGGCAAGAGGAAAAAGACAAAGAAGUCUGAAGAAAGAAGCAGUCAUUCUAAAAAAGGAGGAAAAACCCCCAGCAUAAAGAAGUGUAGAAGAUCCUUUCCUGCACAGUCACCCAACAGCCUGUCAGCCAAGAAUGUCGUCAAAAAGAAAGGAGCGGUUUUGGUAGCAUGGACAAGGGAUGAUGACCGGGCUAUUCUGGUUGACAUCAAGAAGCAAGGGGCUUCGGAAAAAACCUUUUGCUCACUGGCCUCCAGGUUAAACAAGUCUCCAUCUCAGGUUUAUGAGAGGUUUGGCCAGCUGAUGAAACUGUUCAAGAAGACUGAAAAAAUGAACAGCUGAAAAUCUUCAUUGGACAGUGCUUUUAGUUGUUGAACUGUGUGAAAUGCACAGAGUUUGAAGGUACUGGCUCAUACGUGCAGGUAAAGAACUGGGCAGUGUGCCUCUGUGCUUGUACCCUCUGCAUUCCAGUGGUGUGUGUAGAGAAGAACAUAAACACCUGGUGAGUAUGCAGCCGAGAUCCAGAUGGGCACUGGAUCCAGGUGUUAAUCACACUGCCCGGGGGCCUGUCUGCAUUAGUGAUGAGGAUAGGCUACAGACCCAGAGCUGCUUAGGGACACACAAGAGGUGAUAGCCAAUGGGAGCUCAAGCAGUCCCAUUUUAUUUUCUCCUGCUUGUGGUUGGUGUUUGAAGCCUAAUUAUGACAGUUUUCAGUUUAAGGGUUACUUAAUACCCUGUAGUAUUUACUGAAAAUGAUAACCUAACAUUUUCUCUCUCCUAUGAUUUAUUUUACAUAAUCACUUUUUUUUUAAUAAUAAUGAGACUUGAAAUUCAAAAAUGAAUGGUUGCAUUGGAUGAGACAUUAUUGGGUACUGUACUCUGUGGGUUAGAAGAUUCCUUGCAGACCUCAGUUGUAUCCUCUUCCAGUAUUGACACCAUGCACAGCGGAGCGAUGCACCAGUAACUGGAAGUGAAGGAACUAAAAUGUAAUACAAUUAUCUGUCCAGAAGCAAGCUCUACCUCAGCAAUCACUGCGAUCCCAACAGUAAGACGGUGUAUAGCGUUGGGAGAAGUUAUGCUAAUGAAAUGUAACAGGGCGCUUGGUAAAUGUAUGCAAUAACUGAUUAUAGGAGAUUCAUCGGUGAGCCCAUUUUCAGUUAAACAUUUGUCUUUUUUAAAACACUGUACAGUUUUAGAAAAUGGCUGUGAAGCCUAGAUAAAUGAACCCAUCCACCAAUAUUAGGACAAUGCACCAGAAUUAAACUGUGGAUUUUAUUUAUUUAUAUUUUUGUUACACGACCACCCCUCCCUCUCUUGUACAGUGUUUUCUAGACAUAUUCAUUGAUGUACUGGGGUCAGUAUAAAGUGAAGAUUUCAUUCAAGGUAUCACGAUUUUCUGAUCCAUACUGCUAAUGUAAAACAUUGUAAAUGUAGGGUUUUUUUUAUUUAUUUUAUUACUUUUCUUUUAUUUUUAUGAUGACUUUGUUUCUACUAAAUCUGGCUACAAGUAAAACAUGUACAGUUUAAGUUGUAAAUAAUGUUCUUAAUUUAUUUUUCCUUCCAUUGUGCAGAGUAUUCUAUGUAUUAACAUGUCCCAUUUUAAUGUUGAUGUAAUCUUCUUAAAGGCACAGAAGUCCUCAUUGUCCAACUUUCAUAUAAAGUUUAUAGCUGACA